AUCUUGCGAUAUUAAAUGGAGCUAAGUACUUACUCUAUCAACGAGCUUUGCCGUUUCACUUCUUUUUAUAUUGGAUGUCGUUCUCCUGUUAAAUCCUUUCAAUCUUCAAACUUCAGUGGAUUCUCUUCUCGACGCAUCCGCCCUCUUAGGUUAGGGUUUCGAUCGAACUCGCCGCUUAUUGCUUGCAGCUUCGCCGCUGAAAACAAAACCGAAACGUCUUCUCCGGUAGCCGAGAGGCCCGUCUCCAUUAAUCCGGUUUAUGUCCCCACGCCGGCUAAUCUAGACACUCGAACUCCUCACAGCGGGUACCACUUCGAUGGAACCACUCGACAAUUUUUUGAGGGUUGGUACUUUAAGGUAUCAAUCCCAGAACGAAAACAGAGCUUUUGCUUCAUGUACUCAGCAGAGAAUCCUGCAUUUAGGAGGAAACUGACACAGUUGGAAAUGCUGCUGCACGGACCUAGAUUUACUGGAGUUGGGGCUCAAAUUCUUGGUGCUGAUGACAAGUAUAUAUGCCAAUACACUGAUGAAUCUCAAAAUUUUUGGGGAAGCAGGCAUGAGCUAAUGUUGGGGAAUACUUUUUUAGCCAACAAAGACUUACAACCUCCCAGUAAGGAGGUUCCUCCUCAGGAAUUCAAUAGUAAAGUUUUGGAAGGCUUUCAAGUUAGCCCACUUUGGCAUCAAGGCUUUAUUUGCGAUGAUGGAAGAACACAUUAUGCCAACACUGUUAAAACUGCACGUUGGCAGUACAGUACUCGUCCCGUCUAUGGAUGGGGUGAUGUUGGGUCCAAGCAGAAGUCAACAGCUGGCUGGCUUGCAGCUUUUCCCAUAUUUGAACCCCACUGGCAAAUUUGCAUGGCUGGUGGACUUUCAACAGGCUGGAUAGAGUGGGAUGGUGAAAUGUUUGAGUUUCAAGAUGCCCCUUCAUACUCGGAAAAGAACUGGGGUGGAGCCUUCCCUAGAAAAUGGUUUUGGGUUCAAUGUAAUGUCUUUGAAGGUGCAAGCGGAGAAGUUGCACUGACUGCUGGUGGUGGAUUGAGGCAACUGCCUGGCCUGACAGAGACCUUUGAAGAUGCUGCAUUGAUUGGAGUGCAUUAUGAUGGGAUUUUGUAUGAAUUUGUGCCAUGGAAUGGAGCUCUAUCAUGGGAAAUUUCUCACUGGGGUUACUGGUACAUUGCUGGGAAGAACGAGGCAUAUAUGGUUGAGUUAGAGGCUACAACAGAUGAUCCGGGUACAACACUGCGUGCUCCAACAAAAGAGGCUGGCCUUGCUCCUGCUUGUAAAGACACUUGUUUUGGUAAUCUAAGUUUGAAGAUAUGGGAAAAGAAAUAUGGUGGCACUAAGGGGAAGGUACUCUUGGAUGUAAAAAGUGACAUGGCAGCACUAGAAGUGGGAGGAGGGCCAUGGUUCAAUACUUGGAAAGGGACGACCACAACUCCAGAGGUCCUGAAAACUGCUCUUCAGGUUCCUGUUGAUGUGGAAGGUAUAUUUGGUUUGUCUCCAUUUUCCAAACCCCCUGGACUAUGAUUAUAGAUUGAUCUUUGAUUGCAUUCUUUAGCAGAACCACAAACUAAAGGCAAACUAAAGACGUGAUUUUAGGUAGCCCCACCAAGGCAAAUAGAAAUGACUAGUAUGACACCCAUGUUUCACACUGGGUUAAUUAAUCUAUAUUAAUUAAUUAUUUAUAGUGAAUUAUAAUAAUCCUUAUUA